GCGGAGAGGCGGCUCGCUCGGCUCCGCACUCGGCUCCGCUCCGCCGCGGCUCCGCUCUCACCUACUGCCCCGGCCUCCCGCGCCUGCCCCGGGGCCCCGGGUGGGCCCCCGACCCCAGCCCCUGUCCGCCGCCCGCCGCCCGACCCGACCCUCCGGGCCCUCAGCCCCGGCAGCACGCUCCGCCACCAGGGGGCGCCGUGUGAGCGCCCCAUCCCGGCCGCCCGGCGCCCCCUCCCACGGCCCGGGCGGGACGGGAGCGGGGCGCCGGGGGCCAUGCGGGGCCAGGGCCGCAAGGAGAGUUUGUCCGAUUCCCGAGAUCUGGACGGAUCCUACGACCAGCUCACGGGCCACCCUCCAGGGCCCGCUAAAAAAGCGCUGAAGCAGCGGUUCCUCAAGCUGCUGCCUUGCUGCGGGCCCCAAGCCCUGCCCUCAGUCAGUGAAACAUUAGCCGCCCCAGCCUCCCUCCGCCCCCACAGACCCCGCCCGCUGGACCCAGACAGCGUGGAGGAUGAGUUUGAACUGGCCACGGUGUGUCACCGGCCGGAGGGGCUGGAGCAGCUGCAGGAGCAGACCAAGUUCACGCGCAAGGAGCUGCAGGUUCUGUACAGGGGCUUCAAGAACGAGUGUCCCAGCGGAAUUGUCAACGAGGAGAACUUCAAGCAGAUUUACUCCCAGUUCUUUCCUCAAGGAGACUCCAGCACGUAUGCCACUUUUCUCUUCAAUGCCUUUGACACCAACCAUGACGGCUCUGUCAGUUUCGAGGAUUUUGUGGCUGGUUUGUCGGUGAUUCUUCGGGGAACCAUAGACGACAGGCUGAACUGGGCCUUUAACCUGUAUGAUCUCAACAAGGACGGCUGCAUCACCAAGGAGGAAAUGCUGGACAUCAUGAAAUCCAUCUAUGACAUGAUGGGCAAGUACACAUACCCCGUGCUCCGGGAGGAGGCGCCAAAGGAACAUGUGGAGAGCUUUUUCCAGAAGAUGGACAGAAACAAGGAUGGUGUGGUGACCAUUGAGGAGUUCAUUGAGUCUUGUCAAAAGGACGAGAACAUCAUGAGGUCCAUGCAGCUCUUUGACAAUGUCAUCUAGCUCCCCAGGAGAGGGGGCCGGUUGUCCUGGGGUGGGGGGAUCAUACUCUAGCCCUAGUCCAGGUGGAUCUCACCCUUCUUUUCCCAAGUCUGUCAUCAUUCAAGCCCUGCCCCGAGGGCUGUAGAGAUCCAAGGGUUUGGGGAUUCGGUGGCCCACGUCACUGGAGCCGAAGGGGCCAGGAAGUUGGUCAAGUUCAUUUUCUGAGUGUUCCCAACUUUCAUCAGCUCCCACCCCUUUCCUGCCUGACACUCAGUUAUGAGAGUGCCCCUGCUAGAGGAAUCGAGUGAUUCUUCACCUCUCCCCCUCUAGAAACCACAAUAGACAACAUGUCUCCUGCUAUGGUGCUCUCCCCCUCCCUGAUCUUGUAACACUUUCCCCUAAGACUCCCUGCUCAGAGAGGAUGGUACUGACUGGCCUUGGAGAACCCUGUCGGACGGUGGGAGGGGGGCAGAAAUGUAGAGGGUUCUUAGGCCUGAAGUCGAGGUCAGGAGGGAGUUAGAACAGAGAACAGAAAGGCCUAAUGAUUAUCAGUGAGAGCUCAGGCACGCAGGCUAAAGUUCUUCCAGUCAUCUGCAACUCCACACCAUCAGGAGUUCCCAGGCUCUUCAGAAUACCCUGCCUUUGUAGAAACAUGCCCAGAAAAUGUCCCUACCCUCCGAGUAUUAGAGAAGAGCCAGGAAUUCUUUCUGAUGAGUGGCUUGCCCUGGAAUUCUAUCUUCUCUUCCUUUGUUUGUGAUGGCGAGAGUGGGAGAUGUCCUGGUUAAUUGCUGCUGUAAUUUCAGCCCUGAAAUCUCCUGGCUCCAACUGGAGUUUUCAUUUGCCAUGUCCUUUAUACUUAGAGGCACUGAGUGAGUUAGGGACCAUCCAGUGAAAGCAAAGAGGCAGAGGAGAAAGGAGGAGAUUAGACAGGAGACAGGCAUUUCAGCUGAACCUUGUGGAGGAGCACUCAUUAACUUAUCUGACCAACCCAGGCUCUACUCCAAUCCUCAAUAACCUGCGUUUCCUGCUAGGGGUCUCCUUUUGCUCUAUUCAGUCUACCCAGAGAUGCCCCUGAGCACACCUAGAAGGCAGGGACCAUACGACCCAGGUCCCAUCUUAUUGUCAACACCCUUGCCACUCUUAAUAUAUCUGCUUGUCUCAUUUAGCUCACCCAGUCAGUCAGGUCUGAGGGGAAGGGCCCCCGGGGACCCCCUUUCCCAUCAGAACACUGUUGACUGCUUUGCAUUUUUGACUCCUCUGUAUAUUUUAUAAUAGAAGGAAUAUACGAGAUCCAAUAAAAUACAAUGGCUAUGCACAGGC